AUGCAGCAUCUCGGAGCCUCUACCGGCAACAAGAAGGUACGAGUACGACAUCCAAUCGGGUCCGCUGCAUUACCCGGUAGUGCCAAAGCUCGUGCUGGACCUGAUGCACUAGGUCUUGCCAGUACCGUGAACCCUCUCACGUUCCUGGUUCAGAGGCCUAGCACUGAUGAACGUGGAGCUAACAAUGGGAGACGACAGCAAACUCCGAGAAGGCGGAGACUUCGAACGAGCGAGACGAAGAUCCCAGUAGCUGAGGCUUUCUCCCCACAGAGAUCACUGCGUUUUUCCAAGCUUCCAAUGUUGACAAGGAAGGAACACCAUUUAGAAUCAACCCACCCCAAUCAAUUGACAACAACAGUAUCAACACCUCGGCAUGUAGAAUUGCCCUUGCAUGAGCUAAUACAAACAAUGGACGAUGCAGUGAAGGCAGAUCCAUUGGCAGAGCUCAACCAAUCGACCAUUGCUCGCUUGUUCAUGGACCAAUGGCUUCGACAGUUUGAAGCUGAUCGACGCACCUUUAAAUCUGUUGCUGUGCGGUAUGAAGUGGGAUUCGAGGAACUACAGCGACGAACAGCUAACCUUCCGCGACCAAACGAGCUGGUCACAACCUUUAGCUGCAAAGUUCUUGGUACAGUAGAAGAUCUCACCCCGCACUUCGGUCCAUAUGCACCGCUGUUUCGUGUGUUGAGAGCUGAGCUUGUUCAGUCCAUAUACUCACGUGAUGGCUUGCCGUAUUUUGCAUUGGUUAAACACCACAAGCGUCUACUUCAGACACUUCGAAAGGAUAAGGAGUGGAGGGAAGACCGCAAUGACGUUCUAGCCGACGACAUCGAUAAAGUGUAUAUUAUGUCUCGACACUUCCUGUCCGAGUGCACGUACGCAUUAGCUCGCAUGCUCCUACACGAAUGGUAUUCUGUGGCUGUGGUUCAAAAGAAGAACAACAGAAAAUAUAUCGCGUAUUACUCGAACUGGUUCAACAGCGCACCCAGAGCCAUGCUCCAAAAAGUUUACACUGCGUGGAAGCGCGAAGCUGCGAGACAUCGGAUUGAAAGGGUCCAAAAGCAACUGCAAAUUGAUCUUCAGAGUCUGACAGCCGUCAAACGACAGGCAGAGGAGCUCACGGUGCAGCGCGAUAAAGCACAGGCAGACAACCUGGCAAUGAGGAGUGACCGCAAUCAAGCCGAGGAGUGGACACGACAACUAGAACUGCGGAUUAAAGCUGCGAGCACGUUCUUGGAUACAACUCGUCGUCGAGAAGCCCAGGUUUGUCAAGAAGGGCAACUGAGAGUGGAAGCUGUGGCUUGUCUCCCGCCACUUAUUCUGGAGUCUUUGCUGCGAGGUUAUCACGGUGUUGGGUUCCUACAACAAGUAUCGGGUCAAGAACCUCAAGCCGACCAAGAUGUGUAUGACGAUCAGGAUACCGGAACCUCCUGUGUGCUUCUUGAAUGUCUGGGUGAGAUCACUCGGCUACGAGACAUGGAAGUGAGACGGACAUCUUCUUCUACAAUAGCGUCGACAUCUGGAGGAAGGGUCCAUUCAGUUGUUGCCGCUACGGGGAGGUCGAACUCGGCUGUAAUUGGAGCAGCUCCUAGUGAAAAUGGACAGUCAAUAUCGCCACAAGAAACAGUGGCCGCAACAGGUAGUCCCUCUGGUAGGAGGGUGGCAGGAGCGAUUUCGCAAGAUGAACUAUCGGGGCGAUUGUUUCUAAAGCACUUUCUUUCUUUGCGUGAGCACAUACGAGCACCCAAUACGAAGGUUCUCUUCACACCACACUUUCAAGAAACCGAGGAGAGACGACAAAGUCAGCACGAUAAUUCGCAAGUGGAUCGAGAGUACGACCACCUUCUACGCGCUAUCCGAAUCCAGGACGAACAUUACGCUAGUCAUUCCAAGUUGUUCAGCUCGCGUAUGCUUGAAGCUCACGAAGUCUCGCUUGUUCCAAACUGUUCGAUGCCUAGUUCAGUUCUUCAAGGCUCUGCAGGAAGUGAUAGAGGGGACCUGGGUGUCAUCAAUGGAGUCAAGCGCUCCUGGAUAUUGAACAAGUCAGCGGAGAUGCUGAGGACAACAUCUCGUGGCUCACAAUUCAAGCGUGCGUCAACACAAAGGCAGUCGAUCUUAUCACUAAAUAAUCGCUCACCGCCACCGACGCCAUUGCUUGAAAAUCUUCAACUGCUUCAAGAAGCUGAUUUCGACAUUUCUCCUCUCCAUUCCCGUGGCUUCACUGUACUUCUUCUUGCUCAUAUCGCAACUGAAUAUGGUGCAUUGCUCUUCUCUCCGGGUGACAUGAGUGCAUUCACCCACAACGCAUACCUGAGUCCAGUCGUCAAGGCCACCGAAGACCUUGAAGUCGAAAAUCCUCAAGAUGUUGAUCUGGAUAAACCUGCUGACGAAAACGACCAACGGAUGCCAACGCCGUCACCUCCAGUCAUUGUACCGACGGCAGCGGUCAAUGGCUCGACAAACAACUCGCUUCGCAUCAUCGAGCCGAUAGUCACCGCAUACAAUACGUGGAAUCAACUUUCGGAGCAGCUCAUUUCUGCCGGGGUGGUGCAAUCUCGGGGCUUAACGCAGAAACCAGUGAUGGAUCCUUCUAGUGAUAACAGUGGUGAUGUAUUAAGGGGACGAGGAACCGCACAAGGAACUCCCAUUCGUCCGAUUCUUCAGCACCAGUUUGAACCUUCAGCUCACAGCUCGUUACUUGCACCAGUAAGAGAGAAAGUGAAUCGGAGGACGAGCAACCCUGUUGGAGACGGAAACACGUAUCAUACUGCUAAAAUCCGACACCUGUCCCCCGAGAUGACUGAAACACUGACACACAGUAUCGAGGAUAUACACAGAUGUGUGAAAACCACAGCAGCAAAGUUGAAAUACUUCGACGCCACGCAUCAACAAUUAAAAGAACUUCGGAUCACUCAGUGGCAACAAGCAAGCGAGCUGGCUUCUGAAUCGUCGAACCCAAAAGAGGAGGCAACAUCUUCGAAUCCUGGUGGACAAUCAGACAGUCGAGAGCAAAUCUACGAGUGUAUUUCUCUCACCAACAACACGAUGCGUCGAAUAUUCAGCGUCGAGGAUAAUCCAGACAUUGAACUUACACAAGUUCGUGCUGUUUUCGAGAAUCAUCAACGCGUUAUACGCCGGUUGUACACUCCGUUCCGUGCAAACAUUAAACAUGCCAUGAGUCUCGACGAUUUGUGGCAUAUUGUCAAGAUACUUCGCUUGCCUCGUGAGAUCCAUGUUCUCCCUGUUCUACGUGACGAAGAACUGGUAGCUAACGGAUACGAACAACUCUUCUCUCCUGAAGACCUGGCCGAACUUUUUCUUCAGCUUUGCAACGAGCAAUUCCAGCCACAACUUGCUCCACUGAGUGCACGCGUCGAGUACUUCGUCACACGCCAUCUACCGAUUGCUCUUCAAAAUCCGAGUCUGCUUCGAGUUAUGAUGCAUCGUUCCGACGUGAAACUCGCAAUUCACAGCCAUUCCCAAACAAUUCGGAUCAUAUUCCGACGUUACUGUGCAAAGGAACGCGAGCUGAUGAUGACAGCCACUGGACCAGCGAAGCCAAAGCCUCGACAUACUGGACACGGGAUCAACAAGUACAUGCGCAUGGUCGACUGGCAGGCGUUUGUCCAAGAUUAUCACUUGAUACGUGCUAGAUUCUCACUGGAUCAAGCCUUGAAUGUGUUCCGCAAUGUCCAAGAAGCCUCUUCUGGAAACGACGAGCAGCUUGAGUUGAUCUACAGCGAAUUCUGCGAGGCGCUUGUUGCCAUGGCAACAUUUUACUUUCCCGAUCCAUUCGUCAAGCCUGCAACAAAGCUCAUGCAGUUUCUGCGACGAUAUUUGCCACUGUCCCCUGACGACACUUAA